GGAGGCGGGAAGAGGAGGGAGAGGAGAAAGUAUACUGCGUGGACAGAGACAAGGCAACAUUUGUUAAACAGGAGUGGAGGAGAGAACAUCUCUUCAACAAACAUUACUAUCACCACCACCAUCGCCACCACUACUGCUGCAGUGUGAGAGAGGAUACUAGUGAUAAUAGUAGAAAAAUUCUGGUGGUAUUUAUAGUGCGUCAGUGGAUGUGAAAGGAUCAGAAAAAGAAGAACAAUCGGAAACGAGAAGAUAAGAAGAAUUAGAAGGAAGACGAUAACAAAAAGUUAAAAGUAAAACAAUGUCUAACGAGCAUAAAAAAAUGCCCGGCGCUCUAGGAUGGUUGGCUUUCGACGCGGCGCGGCUGAGUCACGCCUUGGUUGACCACCGAUGGCUGUCACCUUGGGGCGUGCUGAGGCUGUGCGACUGUCUCCUGAGGGGUGUGGCGCAGGUGGUUUUCGUAAACAACCCCCUGUCCGGCUUCCUCAUCCUUAUUGGUCUGUUCCUAGCUGACGUCACGGUAGGAGGCGCCACUGUGUUCUGCAUCAUCAUCGCCUUCUUUGUAGCCAAGGUACUACUAGAUCUCCCAGACGGCCAGAUUUCAGCGGGUCUGCCUCUCUUCAGUCCUGUGCUGGUUGGGUCAGUCACGGCUUCCCUCUUCACGCCUUUCUUCAACUCCCCGAUCACUCCUGCUGUGUGGGGCUACAUGGGGGUCGCUGCGGUGUUCAGCGUGUGUGUGUUCGCUGGCCUGAGCCAUCUUCUCGCUUCACACAACCUGCCAGCCUACACCUUGCCCUUCAACAUUGCCACCUCCCUCAUCUUCUUAGGCAUGAGGGGAGCAGGGUAUGGGGCAAGUCCUACCGUUGAUACAGCCACUGACCUGCCGCCGGCCACAGAUUCCCCUGCUUUUGAUGGCUUGGAAAAUGCAAGCCUUGUAACACCCGAUGACUUGGUUCACGUGGAGUGGGAUAAGGUGUGCUUGGGGAUGCUGCUGUCCAGCGGGCAGGUGUGGGCGGUAGAGAGCGUGGCGUGCUCCGCGUUAGUGGGCGUUGCAAUGCUGCUGUUCUCGCCUCUGCUUACUGCUGCCUGCUUCGUGGGAGGAGCAAUCGGCACUCUCACUGCACUGGUGGUGUCUGAGGGACCCUACGCGGCCAGCCUACGCAGGGUGUGUGGGGAUACAAUGGGUUCCUGGCUGGCGGGGGCUAUGUUGUUCUUUGUUGUAGCGAGUCCCCGCGUGCUGGUCCUAGCUGUCGGUCAACGCCUUGCUCGCUACUUUCAUCCAAGCAGCUGUAGUACCUGUAUUUGGACAGAAUAACCUGCCAGUCUUCACAUUCCCAUUCUGCCUUGCCUCUCUCCUCCUCCUCGCUGCGGUGUCGUCCUCCUCCUCCUUCCAUCGAGUCGCCUCUCCUUCCUUCCCUGAGAACCAUCUCCUCCAACACCACCAGGAAUCAUCCGCAAGUGCAUAAGCGAGGGAGAAAAGAGGAGACAUCUGCUGCCAUGAUAGCCUGAUGCACCUCAGAGAGAAACCCUUUCGCUGCAAUUUGACACAUAUUUCCUUAAUUACAAACAACUCUUUCAUGUUCUACAGCCACAUCGAAACAUUGUACUACUUAGAAAUUGCAAAAUCUA